AUGGCCUUCUUCGGAUCCAACUCGUCCGUAUCUCGGCCAUCGCUGCUCAACACCGAGCCCAAGGACGUCGAAGUCGGCAACCUCCCUCCCGAUUCGACCUCUUCGCUGGCCUGGUCGCCCGUCGCGAAUCUGCUCGCCGUCGCAUCAUGGUCGUCCCACGUGCGUCUCUACGAAGUCGAUGCCCAAGGCCAAGCACAAGGAAAGGCCGAAUUCGAUCACGACGCGCCCGUGUUGUCGGUUGUAUGGAGCAAGGAUGGGACCAAGGUGUUGAGCGGUGGAGGCGACAACAAGGCCAAGUUGUUCGAUCUCAACACGGGACAGGCGACCCAGGUCGCGCAGCAUGAACAACCUAUACGGAUCGUCAAGUGGAUCGAUCAGGGCAACGGACUGUUGGGUGCGUGUAGCAGGCGUCGGGGCCGUUCCUGUGGACGUGACCGCGCGAGGGCUGAGCUAAUCGAGUUCGGAUCGGAGAUCAGCUACUGGAUCAUGGGAUCGAACGAUCAAGUACUGGGACCUGAGGACACCCAACCCCGUCGGAACGGUACAACUGGCCGAGAGGUGCUACAGUAGGUCUAACCUUUCCUCUUCACUCAUCGUCGCACCCGCGCGUUGA